AUGGCUUCCCAGGCCCUCGACAUCCCGCCGGUUCCGCAGCUCAUCAGACUCGUUGCUCAAAGCCUCCAGCCCACAUCGAUCGCAGAUUGUGUGGCUUUGGCCAUUGCGGCCGUCAUUGUCACGGGAUACCUGACUAGAGGGGCGUUGUGGGAUAAGCCAGAUCCUUACUAUCACAUUUACUUUGAACGGCCUCAACAGCGCAACGGUGCUGCAAACUCGCAAGCCCAAGCCCAGCGCAAUAUUGCAAAGACGCUAUCCGAGACCGACAAGAAAGCUGUGAUCUUCUGGGGCUCUCAAUCCGGGACAGCAGAACGCUUCGCCAGUCAGCUUGCGAAGGAGGUACAAUCGCGGUUCGGGCUCGGUGCGCUCUCUGCCGAUCUUUCGGAUUACGAUCCGGAGUCAAUCACUCAACUAUCUAAUGGGCAAUUGGCAAUCUUCAUCCUCUCAACCUACGGCGAGGGUGAUCCCAGCGAUAACGCCAAUGCCUUUUGGGGCUGGAUCAGCAAUGGGCUCCAGAGUACUCUCCCGAAUUUGCAGUACGCUGCCUUUGGUCUCGGAAACAGCAACUACAAGUACUACAACCGCGUGGUUGACGUUGUGGUCCAAGCACUAAAUAGAAAGGGUGCGAAUCUCUUUCUGCCGGUGGGCAAAGCAGAUGAUGCAGAACGCUCGACCGACGAGGACUUCCUUGCUUGGAAAGACGAUCUCUUUGGCGUCUUCCGGAAAAGACUGGGCAUGGAAGAACAAGUGGUCGAGUAUCAACCGACGAUUGUUGUCACCGAAGACGACUCUCUGACCCCAAUCGACCUCCAUCACGGCGAACCCAACCACUCUAGAGACAAUCCCAAAGCCGCUAUGUCGUGCUCACCUAUUCGACCGCUGUCAAUCACAAAUCCACGAGAACUUUUCCAAUCUUCCGAGAGAAAUUGCGUCCACAUGGAGCUCGACCUGGCGGAGCACCCAGAGAUCCACUACAAAACAGGCGAUCAUCUUGCCAUCUGGCCUACAAACCCGGAAUCAGAAGUGAAAAUCCUUCUUACAGUCCUUCAACUUCAUGAUCGUCAAGACACUCCCAUAAGCCUCAAAUCCGUCGACGCUGAGACCAAGCUCCAAAUUCCAACCCCUACCACAAUUCGCGCUCUCUUCCACCGAUAUCUUGAGAUAUGCGCCCCGGUCUCACGGAGCACCAUUCAGGGACUUGCAUCAUUUGCCCCGACCCCCUAUGCAAGAUCGCGCGUUCUCAAACUCGGCCAAGACAAGGACUUCUACUUGUCGUAUCUCAGGAAGAAUCACCUAACAUUUGGUCGUCUCCUCAAGUUCACCAGCCCAGACGAACCAUGGGCCAAGCUGCCUCUGCCUUACUUGAUAGAGGCUUUGCCUCUGAUGCAACCACGCUAUUACUCGAUCUCGUCAAGCAGCGUGCUCAGUCCUCGAAGGGCCGCUAUAACUGCCCUGGUCGCAACAGACUAUGUACCUGAGAACCGCGAACAGAAGAUCCAUGGCGUCACUUCCAAUUAUCUUCUUGCACUCUCGCAGUCACAUCCUGCGUUGGUCGCUGCGGAAAUGCAGACCGGGAAGUCUAUUCGCCAGCAUUACGACCUCUCCGGUCCCUCCAACCUCCUCCAAGGCACCAAACUCUUCGCCCACGUCCGCAAAAGCAAGUUCAAACUUCCUAUCCAGUCCAGCUGUCCUAUCGUUAUGGUUGCGGCGGGGACGGGAAUAGCCCCGUUCCGGGCUUUCAUCGCAGAGCGCGCAAAACUGCACGCCAUUGGGAAACCCAUUGGCCAGAUGAUUCUGUUCUUCGGCUGUCGUCGGCCGCAAGAGGAUUUUAUCUAUCGUGAAGAGCUGGAACAAACCCAAGCCACUGUUGGAAAAGAGGUAUUCAAGAUCUUCACAGCUUUUUCCCGAAUGCAGGGACAAGACAAAGUACACGUGCAGCAGUGUGUGCGAGAAUACGGCGGGGAAGUGAUCAGCCUGAUCGAGGAGAAAAGCGCGAGCUUCUACAUUUGUGGCCGUGCUUCGAUGGCAAGAGAAGUUGGGUUUAGCUUGGGUGAGGCGAUGAGGGAGAUUAAGGGAUGGACUGAUUUUGAGGUUAAGAGCUGGACUGAAAGGCUUAAGAGGACGGGGAAAUGGAAGGAAGACGUUUGGGGCUGA